AUGCGAAGGUACACGAGAAGGAUUUCCGAGGCUAAAAUCAAGGCCCCUCAAAUCGAUCACGCUGAUGCUCCAAAACAGGGCCCGUCUAGUGUUUCGGACACUUUUUAUCACAAACUCAACCGAGUGUGGGAGUCCUUCGGGCUCGGUCUAAUUAUAGAUGCCCGGGAAACUCUGCUGGACUUGUUCCUCUUUUACUCGGAGGUGACCAGAAGAGGAGGAUAUCAUCAGGUCAGUAGAGAGAGGAAAUGGGAUGAACUUGUUUCUGCCUUAAAGUUGCAAGGCAGUAAGGCAAACUUACCCGUUCAACUUGAAAAGUGCUACGCUCUGCUUCUUUACCCGUUUGAGCAAAUCUACCACUACAGGGAUCCAGCACAGAAAGCUGUGACUAACCCCACCUUAGGUCUGCUCACAGAUGUCAUAAGCUCAGGGAGGAAGCGUGAAUAUGAGGUUAGUUUAUCUGAAUUAACGGAAAAUGAAGAUGGUGAGGUGGAGACGAAGAUGUGCAAGGAAAUGACAGGUAGCGAGCUCUCGGAACAGAAAAUGCUGGUACUCGCAUCCCCAGAUGACAAGAAAUUGAAGAAACGUCGAGGUGCUCCUCAGGGACAUAAAACUGCAUAUCAGAUAUUCAUCAAGCAGGAAUGCGCUCGGUUGAGAAGUUGUAAUGAGGCGUCUGCUCGCUCAAAUAUUCUGCACAUGGCCAUUGAUGCAUGGAAGAAUUUGACUGAGAUUGAGAGACAGCCGUUUGUGGAGAAGAGCAAAAAGGAAAACGAAAGGCUGAUGGAAGCAAUGAAAACUCGAGACCAGAAUGUCAAGGCUGGCGUUGAUUUUGGUGACUAUGGUGUGACUAACUGCAGUGAUGGCUUAGAGCUUACAAUGGGCGAAGAAGAACCCAAAGAGCCAUUAACUAUUGACAUGGGAUAUAUCCCAAGUGAAGCAUGAGAGUAGUUGUUGGGGGUUCAGUGGAUGUCUUGGGAUGCUUUUUUUGUCUAAGGCUGUGGAAGGUAUGAAGAGAAAUUGCGUGCUGAUAUUUGUGGAGCUAGUUGUAUAGUUGCUGUACAUAUAUGUUGCUCAAACCAAGCUGCUAGCCAUCGUUUUCUUUUUCUAGUGUUGAAGCAGCAAAAACCAGGCUGGAAUAUGUGUAGAAUAUCCACCCUUCUUAUUUUGACUUGUA